AUGGACUAUCGGCAUGUGCAGCCUCCGUUCCGGCGCCUUGCUCUCGUGGUCCACUUGGUAUUGUUAGGCCUUCUGCUUGCCUAUGCGGGCUAUGAGGUUUGCGAGAUUGCGAGCGCCUCACGCGCCCCUCCUAUAGAAACUGUCAUGGAAGACUGGCACGGAGCUGGGAAAUGGGCGCUCUGCAGCGGCAGUACACUUGACAGAGCAGGCGUGGCCCUGCCAACUGCGAAGCAGUUGAUGCACUACGAGGAGAUUGCAGACUCGACAGACAAUCGAGGUUCAAUGCUGUCACGAGAAACUAUUGAGAUUAACGGGCGGAAUCAGAGUUGCUCAGUUGUCGAUCUGUCUGAGUGGCAAAUGCCUCUACCACCGCCCGUGCCGUUCCAUCUUUGUGGGCAGGGCAGACGGAUGAGCCUUUACCUGCACAUGUUGGGCGAGUGGAGCUAUCUGGGAAAUACUAACGAUGGCAGCAGAUUAGUGAUGACUUUAGACAAGCACAAGCAUGGCUGGAAUUACGGAUAUGCCACCGAAGAGGAGGAUUACUUCCAGGUCGCUCGUGCAGAGGAGACCUGUUGCCAUGACCGACAUGCAAAGUGUGAGCAUUGGUCCGAGUUUGAAUCUACUGAAGGAUUGGGAAUUUACUGGCGGGUGGUCAUUGAAACUCCUCUGGUCACAGUAUCACGGAAACUGGGUGCAUUACCACAGCUGUUUUCCUUGCUGGGAAAUUUGGGAGGCUACUUGGCACUUCUGACUGCGACAUUCACCACGAUUUUCGUGAGAAAGUAUCCUCAUAGCGAUAUUGCAAACAUUUACGAGGCCCGUACGCUUAUCGGCCACCAGGUGCCUCACAAUCCGCGCAAUUCGCAAGAGAUCAGCCCUGGUCCUGGCAGCGCGGCAGAUGUGGACGUCACCACGCCGCCGCCACCAGACGGGGAGAGUGUGGGCGCAGUGGUGCUGUUGAAUGCGACAAGCCCGCCGCCAACAAGCGGGACACCACAGGCUGGGAAGACUGAACGAAGCCAGGAAAUGUUAAAACUUUAA